AACCUAAUUUCCCAAAUUGAGAAACCCUAACCCACUAACCCCACACCCCAGCGCCGUUCCCCCUUCGUUCACCUUCAGCUUCAUUCCUCAAUAUACACACACACAAAACAAGAGAGAAACAGAAGAUGGAGGAGCUGCUGCCGCUACCGUGCCCAGCCAUCGAGCCAUGCGUCGCUGCCAUUUUUGCGCCGCCACCGUCGCUCUCAUAGCUGCUCCGUGGAGGCCGCAGAGAGGAACGCGAACCAGGAGCUUCCGUGUCGCGCCGCCGAUCUGUCACCAUGCUGCUGCGUCGCCAUUAAUGAAGCUUUUGCCACCACCGUGUAUCCCGAACAGAGGAAGAAGGAGAAGUCUUCUGUCAUCAACGCCACAUCUCUUCACUGCUGCUGCUGUUGAUGGAAGUCAUCGCCAUCGCCGAGCCGCUACAUCGCCGGACAUCAUUGCUGGAGGACCGAAUGGAGAGGCACGCCAGUUCUGCUUCUACUUCUGGGUUUUUGGAAUCUGGAAAAACGCCACUAUCGUUGCUGUUUGUUGGGUUUAAGAUCGCUGCUACUGUUCUUGCUUUGUUCUGCCACCAUCAAGUUUGGAGAAGAACCCUGCCACUGUCACCAUUGAAGCUUGCCAGGGAAGGAGCUAUUGACAGAAGAAACUGCUGCUGCUUGGCUGAAGCUGAGACCUUUCACCAUCACUGGAGCUGCCCAGAAUCAUCAUGGUAGCUGCUAAGAGAGCAGAACGGAUGUUAGAACUGCCAACGGAGCUGCUGGGUUUAGUGAUUUCCGUGAGUUCCGACUUUGAGUGACACAGGUUCGAAGACUCCGUUUGAAGCUGCAGGCGAUUAUAGAUCUUAUUCAUGAGUUAAGUUUAUAACUUGAGUUAUUUUCAUAGAAUUUCCCUCGCCCUUGUUACUUUGGUUUUUAUUUAUACAGAGGGGUAGGAUUUGUAUGUGAGUUUUAUUUGAAAUCUUUUGUAUGACAGAUAUUAUUAUUAAUAAUUAUGUGAUUAUUAUUACUUGGUGAUGCUUGCUAUAUGAUUUUAAUUAUCAAAAACAAAAUUUUCUGGUAUUUUUACUAAAACUGGAUCGCAAUAUCGAACUAGAGGCUCAAUAGUAAAUAGUUAAUAAAGUAGAGCAGGUUGGUAACGCCUUACUUUCAGUACGAUCAUGACGUUCUGGAAGUUGGGUCGUUACAGGUAGCACCUUGGUACGCACCUGUAGCUAAUUAUCUAGUUAGCCGCACAUUUCCCCCACAUUUUUCUAAGCAUCAAAGGGACAAGCUAAAAAGCGAGUCUAAAUAUUAUAUAUGGGAUGACCCAUAUUUGUGGAGAUAUGGUGCUGAUCAGGUAAUUAGACGUUGUGUACCUCAAUCAGAAUUCCAGUCCAUUUUGGAGGCGUGUCACUCAUCUGAGAGUGGAGGACAUUUUGGCCCUCAAAGAACAGCUAGAAAGAUCUUAGACUGUGGAUUUUGGUGGCCUACUCUUUUUAGAGACGCUGCUGAGUUUUGUAGAUCUUGUCUUCCAUGCCAAAAAUUUGGUAAUAUAUCCAGGAGGGAUGAGAUGCCUCAAUAAUUUAUGUUUUUUUGUGAAAUUUUUGAUGUUUGGUGCAUUGACUUCAUGAGUCCGUUCCCAAAUUCUAAUGGUUAAUUUUAUAUAUUGUUAAGUGGGUGGAAGCAAUUCCCACCCGCACUGAUGACGCUAACACUGUUGUUUCCUUUGUGAGAAACCAUAUUAUUUGCCGCUUUGGAUCACCACGAGCAAUCGUGAGCGAUCAAGGCACCCAUUUCUGUAACAGGAAACUAACAGGAUUGAUGAAGAAGCAUAGGAUAAUUCAUAAGGUUGCAACAGCAUACCAUCCUCAGACCAAUGGGCAAGCCGAGGUGUCAAACAGAGAGAUAAAGCGUAUCUUGCAGAAGAUAGUCAAACCUCACAAAAAAGACUGGAGCACCAGGCUGCAAGAUGCACUAUGGGCAUACAGGACAGCAUACAAAACACCCAUUAGGAUGAGCCCUUUCUGCUUAGUUUAUGGAAAAGCUUGUCAUCUCCCAGUUGAAGUAGAGCACAGAGCCUUUUGGGCAGUCAAGGAGUGCCACAUGGGAAUUGAGCAAGUUGGAGCUGAAACGAAGUUGCAACUGCAAGAACUGGAGAACCUUCGCCUAGAAGCUUAUGAGAACUCAAGAAUAUACAAGGAAAAGAUGAAGGCUGUACAUGAUCAGCACAUUAGGAGGAAAGAGUUCCAACCUGGGGAUUUAGUCCUCCUUUACAAAUCUCGACUAAGACUUAUGCUAGGCAAGUUGAGAUCGAGAUGGGAAGGUCCAUACAGAGUAGAGAAGGCCGAACCAUACGGAGUUUAUCACCUAAGCCACCCUUCACACUCUGAACUUAUUAAAGUUAAUGGACAACAUCUGAAGCUGUACCAUAGAGAGAAGCUGCAGAAAAAUAAGGAGCUUGAGAUCUUCCUCUUGGAAGAUCCCCACAGGCCAGAAGAUUGAGCUACUGGAGCGUCCAACUUACGGACGUUAAAGCAAAGUGCUAGGUGGGAGACAACCCACCAUGGUAUGAUCGUUCUUUUCUUUCUAUCUUUAGUUUUUCCUAGUCAAUAACUCUUCUCUUUAUUAGCACCUUCAUGCAUCUACAUUCGCAUUUUAUAUAUAUUAAAAAAAAGAGAGCUACGCGACGCGACCGCAUCAGCGACGCGUCCGCGUCGCAAGAAUAAGUGAGAAAAUAAAAAGCGUACAGAGAGUUACGCCGGAGCGUGGCUGGAGGCAUGCCAAUAGCACAGAUCAUCCCACGCGCCCGCGUCACUGACGCGUUUGCGUAACAUGCGAUCCUGGCCUUCCACGCGAUCGCAUGCCCCACGCGGCCGCGUGCCUUGGAUUUCGACGUAAAAGGGUGCACAACCAAUUAUUGUGCUGGAGUGGUGCUGGAUUGGUGCUGAACGCACAAUUCUACCCACACGGCCGCGUGCCCCACGCGACCGCAUCACAUUCCUCUAAAAGUCCACUCACGCGAUCGCAUGCCCCAUGCGAUCGCGUCACCCCAAUUUUGGCAAAUUUAUCAAUUUGAACAGAGUUGUGCCGCCGCGAGGCUGUACUCGC